AUGUUUACCAAAAUAUGCCUGGUAGCCGCUGUUAUCUUCGUGAUUGGCGCUGAAGCACAAGAACACCAUCAUGAGCACCACCACCACGCCUCCUCUUCACAGAGCAUCAAGCAGCACCACGGGAAAGCCACUGAGAAACACGUUGAAUACUAUUCUCACCCUAAAUAUGAAUUCGCGUACAAAGUGGAGGACCCUCACACCGGUGACAAGAAGUCCCAACAUGAGUCUCGUGAUGGUGAUGUCGUGAAGGGCGUGUACAGCCUGCACGAGCCCGACGGUACUAUCAGGAUUGUGGAGUACCACGCUGACAAGAAGACUGGAUUCAAUGCCAACGUGAAACAUGAGGGCCACGCCAAGCACAUCGUUCCUGAACACCACCACCACCACUGA